AUGCUGAGUUAUUGUUCUUAUUUUUCUUCGAUUGUUUUUUUACCGCUGUGGAUGUUUCACAGGCGUGGGAAAGUGGCAUGGAGAAGAGCAAACAUACGCGAUCUCGUUCUCUCCCACGUGGAUCCUUUUUGGUGCAUGGAAAUUGGGGGGUUGGCAGUUUUAUAUGUGGCCUUAUUUCUUGUCACUGUUCAGUGGGAAUCUUUUCUUCCUCUCUUUUUUUUUUUUCUUUUUGUAGUUGGACUGCCCCGCGCUGCAGGUUCACGGCCGCAGCGCCAAAGAAGGAAGGCGGUGGAGGUUGCGAGUGGGCGCAGAGAGUUUAUUUUGGUUAAAGGAAUGGGGAGGCGAGGCAUGUUUUCAUGCGCAUCGUUUUUUUGUGUGGUUCGACGUUUUGCGGGCGGGACAGGGGCCGCAGCAGCGGUAGCGGGUACUCUUUUGACGUCAGGGGAGUGCUGGGUUAGUGUGCGUCACUACCACCAGCACACAACGUGUCUUCUACUACCACGCAAACUCUCGCAGGCAAAACAGCAGCCGCUUUUCCCUGGUAUGUGCCGCCACGUCAAGCGGUUUGAGGGCGAGCAUACGUACAACUACGGGCAUCACACGUUUACGAUCGUCCGCGAGGGCUCAACGUUUUUCAUUUUGCCCCUUGGCUUCCUCAUUGCUUAUGUCGCAACCCUCUUUGUCCCCAUGUCAUUUCAGCUGGAGGCGAUGUAUUCGGUGCUAUUAAUUGCCUUUUCUCGCUAUUUUGCGCGGGGCCGGAAAAACAGAGUCUGGAAGGACUUGAAAGAGCGACACGUCAUCGUCACAGGUGGGACGAGCGGUAUUGGGCGAGAAACGGCUUCUCAGCUGGCCGCCAUGGGUGCCGACGUGACGGUGCUCUCACGCAACGGUCCAAAUGUUGAUGGUGCGAUGGCGUACAUAAAAAAAUUUGCAAAGAGUGAUGAGCAGCAGAUAAGAUUUACCGCGUUGGAUCUUGCCGACUUUAUUGCAGUGCGUGACUACUGCAAACGCGCCCAACAGCAGAGGAUGGCAGUUGACAUCCUUGUGAACAACGCGGGGCUGAUGCAGCAAAAGCAGGUGACGUCUCGUUUUGGUGACGACGAGCAGCUUGCCGUGAACCUCCUCGGGCCGUUUUUGCUUACAGAAGGACUUUUGCCGCUUGUGGCAGAGAACGGUGGACGUAUCGUUUAUGUUUCAUGUUCGGCCCACGUUGCAGUGAAGCGAAAUAUUGUGUCGACGUACCUGUCCGGACGCGGGCUGUGGUCCCCUCGCAUCCGGGAUAAGUUUGAUGGACUCGAGCAGUAUGGAUUUACAAAACUUGGCUGCAUUUAUCACGCACAGGACUUGGCGGUGCGCUCCUAUACGAAUGCCUCAAAACCAUUUGCAUCUAUGACACCUGCCACAGUCGCCUCUAUCCUAACGCCUAGCAACGGCAGAGCUCAUAAAAGUAACAGUAACGACGGCAACAGCAAUACGCCGCGGUACACCACAUGUGUUGCAGUUCCUGGCGGCGUCGUGACAAAUCUUUACCGCUAUGUUCCCCUUGCCACGACGUUUCGUUGGUGUCGCUACUUUUAUCUGCUCUUCAUGCGCACAGCUACUGAGGGAAGUCAAGUGGUUGUGAACUGUUGCGUGCGGGAGGAAUUAGUGAAUGGCGGUUAUUAUCAGAAUUGCCGCUACAGCCCUACAGGCCUUUCCGCUACCGCUUGCAGCGUAGAGGAACGAAAAAGUGUGCUGGCAUGGGUGAAGCUAAAGAUGCAGCCGUACAUGCGGUGGGAGAGUUAG